AUGAUGCGCGGCCUAACAGGAUCUAAGCCCGCGACCUCUAAUUUCUCCUCUGGCGGCUCUGGAUCCACGGGGAGAAAUUUGUUUGCGCGCAAGGGUAAUUCACCAUUGACUCGGACGGGACGUGGCACAAGUCAGCGAGGGCCUUCGGGGCUCAGCCAAUCUAUACGCGCCGAAAGUAUCGACAAUGAAAGCCCGCCGAAGAAAUCCGCCGGGACCUUUCGUCUAGCAUUUGACGAAUUUGACGACUCGGAGGAUGAAGAUACCGACCACGACCCCGACGGUGAGGAAGAGGAUGGAGAAGAAGACGGGGACGGAGAGGAAGAAGAAGACUACGAUGAAGAAGAGGAGGGAGAAGAGGAAGAGGAAGAGGAAGAGGAGGAAUAUGAGGAGGAAGAUGUUCGUCUUCCCUUCGGGAGGUCGGGUCAUGGCGCGCUCGAUGCAGAAGUGGAGCGAUACAUUAACCGUGAGAUUCGGGGCGAGGAUGAGAGUGAAGAAGAAGCCAGCGAGGAUGGGGAAGAGGAAGCCGAAGCUGAGGAUGACGACGACCCAUUCCUGACAAUGCAUGAUGAACCGCACGACACUAUCGAGGGUUCCGAUAUGGAAGAUGACCUCAUGGUCCUCACUACCCCGGCGGCCGACGAGCGGGCGCGACGAGAGGCUGAAAAUAUCUUCCGCGCCUCGUCUAUGAGAAAAUCGGCGCUCGGCCCCAAGGUCAACCUUCAGUUCGACGCCACCUCCCGCGAACACUACAGAACCACCGGGCCUGCCAUCAUCAAUGAAACACCAGACCUCAUUCUCGACACGGAAGAUAUUGUCAGCCGACUCUACGACGAAGGAAUCGGCGCAAAGGAUGAUGCUGAAAAGCUUGACAACUCGUUGGGGGUCGCGGCUAUCGGGCUCACGCAAAUCUGGAACGACUACGCACACGACCUUCCGCAUUCCGAGCAGGAACAUGCGGCUGAGAUUGGUCCGCCUCCGUCCGCCGAUCCCUUCAAAAGGCCGCAUUCAUCGCCAAUCUGCGACUGGACGCUGUUCCGCGUCAAGGCAAGGGCAUCCCUCGACCAGUUGCAACGAUUUGCCGAGGGCAAGGACCACCAACAGUUUGGAUCGAACGAGCUGGAGCAAGGGAACUCCCUGGUAGGCCUGGCACGCAAGGCGGAGAGCCAGGUUCCCUGGGAGGUUUAUGAGCAGUUGACAUCUAUCUACGAUAUUGUCAUAGGUGAUGCCACAGCAAUUCUCGAGACAGCCCAGGACUGGUGUGAAGCUACGGUAGGCCUGUGUGGCUGGUGGGAUGAAGAGAAGGACAAGCCGAAGAAGCGGCGUCUUGGCCAGUCGCUUAAUUUGCUCGGUUCGACCCAGCUCAUCGCCUUGGAGGACUACUUUGAGCGCAUGGCACGAGCGGUCCAUACGGCAGUCGAGUCUGAUUUCCAUUUCGAUCCGCGAAACGGGGUGGCGGUAGCCGUUGCCUCUGCUUUUGAGUGCAACUUUGCUGCCGUCAUUGGCAUUCUUCGCACGUGGUCUCUCCCUAUAGCAUGCGCUACCGCUGAGGUGGCUGCACUUGGCCAGUGGCUCCCCAAGGCGCAGCCGAAGCCACUGCUGCCCAUGGACACGCUGGAUGAUGAUGAUCUCGAGGUCCUCGGCGUGCCUCAACAGGGCCCCGACGAGGUCGAAGGCAUCAAGGACACGACCAUUGUUCAGUACGCUCGAGAACUCGCCGGCAUCGACCGGAUCUCGUCGGAGAGGGAGGGCUGGGAGGUUGCCAUCCAAGUGCUCGGGCGGAUGGACUCUGUCGAGAAGUCGGAGGAGACUGUAGGAGAGCUGCUGCAUGAUCUUCUGGAGACGCUGCAGCCCGAUUCUAGUGUCACGGUUGACAAAAUGUGGAGGAUUCUGAGCGACCUAGGCAUGGUCAGCUUUGCCGAAGAAACUGCCGAGGCGUUCGCCGAUUUGUUGGGCAAGGAUUCUCACCGGUACGUCUACGGCGUACCCCCUCCGAGCGAUCUCGACGAUCACCUACACCGGCUCCUCACGGCCCGCAGUGCUACGUUGGAGGACCUUGCCAAUCUGGAUAUCGAGGCGGCCGAGCUCGUUGGGCGGAUUCUUAGUGGAUACGCGACGUUACGGAAGUUCUACGAAAUUCGAGAUUCGGAAGACACGAACGGCUUAGCCAACCCAGGGCCGCGGAGCGUGGCGAAUAAGAAGUUGGCGGCCGCCGCCCUCGUUGCGGCCAUUGCUAGCUCGGACGACAACAUCCGCGGGGUCUUCGGCCACCAGCCCCCGGUGCUCUCCCUUGAGCAAAUGGAUGUUCUUCUCAAAGCGAUUGAGGAUCUCGAGACGGUAGGCUCGCGGGUAUACACGGCCUGUGAUGAGUUCUUCGGUCUCGUUCUAGCAUCUGCCCAGGGCCUCAAGGGCUCCACCCCGGCCGACCUUAUGAACGGCAGCAGCAUGCUUGCGAGCCAGCUACAUCGGAGUAUCAGCGGAAGCUCGCUUGCGCGUGUUCCCAAGCGAGGCUGGGAUUGGAGGGCAGGUCUGAGGGCGAAUUCGACAGCGGAAGAAGUACUGAGGAUUUUGAGGUUAGGGCUUUCCAAGGAGUUGGCGAGGCUGUGGCUACAAGAUGCAGAUAAUGUGGCGCUGUUCUGA